GUCGCCGCCGCCCCCACCGGUGCGGGCGCUGCGGCUGCGGCGGGGGCGCGGGGCGCGGGGGCCGGCGCGCUCCGCACCUGCGGCGGCCGCUGGGUGAUGCCGCGGCGCGGGCCGGGGCCGCGGGCGUCCUGAGCGCAGCGCCCGCCCGCCCGGGAUGCCCGCCGGCCGCUGGCCCGGCCAUGUCGUCGUCCUUCUUCAACCCCAGCUUCGCCUUCAGCUCGCACUUCGAUCCCGCUCACAGGAUUCUUCUGGGAUGGGCCUUUCUCAUGGGCCACCUGACCCCUCUGCAACCCAAGGUGAGGCUGAUGGGAGGCCCACUCAGCUACUCCCUCGUGGGAGCCUGAUGCAGAGCGCCCCCUGUGGCACCCCGGCCUGCGUUCCUGUCCCUGGCGGCGUGUCCGUGAAGGAGAGACCACUGUCCCCUCUGCAGGUCACGACGGCGCCCCGCUCAGCGAGCUGUCCUGGCCGUCCUCCCUUGCCGUGGUGGCCGUGUCUUUCUCCGGGCUCUUUGCUGUCAUCGUCCUCAUGCUGGCCUGCCUGUGCUGUAAGAAGGGCAGCAUUGGGUUCAAGCCACACCCUUCCUUGGCCUGCGGGAAGCCCUGCUCACGCUGCCUGGCCCGGCCUGCAGGAGUUUGAGAAUGCGGAGGGGGACGAGUAUUCGGCCGACCUGGCACAGGGCUCCCCGGCCACCACGGCACAGAAUGGGCCCGAUGUGUAUGUCCUGCCGCUCACAGAGGUGUCCCUGCCCAUGGCCAAGCAGCCGGGGCGCUCAGUGCAGCUCCUCAAGUCCACGGACCUGGGCCGGCACAGCCUCCUGUACCUGAAGGAAAUUGGCCACGGUUGGUUUGGGAAGGUGUUCCUAGGGGAGGUGAACUCGGGCGUUGGCAGCACCCAGGUGGUGGUAAAAGAGCUGCAGGCCAGCGCCAGUGUGCAGGAGCAGAUGCAGUUCCUGGAGGAGGUGCAGCCCUACAGUCAGGGGCCGCCUGUCCACUCCUGCAGGGCCCUGAAGCACAGCAACCUGCUCCAGUGCCUGGCCCAGUGUGCCGAGGUGACGCCCUACCUGCUGGUGAUGGAGUUCUGCCCGCUGGGGGACCUCAAGGGCUACUUGAGGAGCUGCCGGGUGGCGGAGUCCAUGGCGCCUGACCCUCUGACCCUGCAGCGCAUGGCCUGUGAGGUGGCCUGUGGCAUCCUGCACCUGCAUCGCAACAACUAUGUGCACAGCGACCUGGCCCUGCGGAACUGCCUGCUCAUGGCGGACCUGACCGUGAAGAUAGGCGACUACGGCCUGGCUCACUGCAAGUACAGAGAGGACUACUUUGUGACCGCCGACCAGCUGUGGGUGCCUCUGCGCUGGAUCGCACCCGAGCUGGUGGACGAGGUACACAGCAACCUGCUUGUCGUGGACCAGACCAAGAGUGGCAAUGUGUGGUCCCUGGGCGUGACGAUCUGGGAGCUCUUUGAGCUGGGCGAGCAGCCCUACCCACAGCACUCGGACCAGCAGGUGCUGGCAUACACAGUCCGGGAGCAGCAGCUCAAACUGCCCAAGCCCCAGCUGCAGCUGACCCUGUCGGACCGCUGGUACGAGGUGAUGCAGUUCUGCUGGCUGCAGCCAGAGCAGCGGCCCACGGCCGAGGAGGUGCACCUGCUGCUGUCCUACCUGUGUGCCAAGGGCGCCACUGAGGCGGAGGAAGAGUUCGAGCGGCGCUGGCGAGCUCUGCGGCCCCGCGGGGGCGGUGUGGGGCCUGGGCCCGGUGCAGCAGGGCUCACACUGGCGGGGGCAGUGGAGCUCGCCACCGCCUCGUCCUUCCCACUGCUAGAGCAGUUUGCGGGUGACGGCUUCCACGCAGACGGCGACGACGUGCUGACGGUGACUGAGACCAGCCGAGGCCUCAAUUUCGAGUACAAGUGGGAGGUGGGCCGCGGUGCCGAGGCCUUCCCCACCAUGCCGAGCCCGGGCCACGCCGCGCGCCUGCAGGAGCUGUGCGCCCCCGACCCUGACAGCGCGCCCCCAGGCGUGGUGCCAGUGCUCAGCGCGCACAGCCCCUCGCUGGGCAGCGAGUACUUCAUCCGCCUGGAGGAGGCCGCGCCGGCUGCUAGCCACGACCCUGACUGUGCGGGCUGCGCCCCCAGCGCCCGUACCCCCGUGGACCAGGAUGACUCUGACGGCAGCGCAGCGGCCUCGCUGGCCACGGAGCCGCUGCUAGGCCAUGGGCCGCCCGCCGACAUCCCCUGGGGCCGUGGUGACCACUACCCUCGCAGAAGCCUGGCGCAGGACCCUCCCUGCCCCUCAGGCUCACCCUCACCCUCGGCGGGGCCCCGGAGGCUGGCAGAGGGUGGAGCCAAGGAUGCAGACUGGGGUGUGGCCACCUUCUGCCCGCCCUUCUUUGAGGACCCACUGGGCACGUCCCCCUUGGGAUGCUCGGCGGCGCCACCGCCACCGCUGCCGCUGCCUGGUGAGGAGGAGCUGGAGGAGGUGGGAGCACACACUGCCACCCAGCGUGGACACUGGCGUUCCAACGUGUCCGCCAACAACAACAGCGGCAGCCGCUGUCCAGAGUCCUGGGACCUGGGCUCCACUGGCUGCUACACUGACGGCUGCCCCAGCCCAAAGCAGAUGCCAAGGGCCUCCCCCGAACCGGCGGACCCUGGGGAGCCUCUGCGUGGGCUGCAGGCAGCCUCCUCUGCCCAGGAGCCAGGCUACUGCCCCAGCCUCCCCCAUCUAUGCCCUCAGGGCCUGGCACCUGCUUCCUGUUUGGCCACAACCUCCUGGACAGAAGCAGCCGGUAGUGGGGGUGACCAACCCCAGGCAGAGCCCAAGCUUGCCACUGACGCUGAGGGCACUGCUGGACCCCACCUGCCCCUUCCCUCUGUUCCUUCCCCAUCCAAGGAGGGAGCCCCCCUUCCCUCGGAGGAGGCCAGUGCCCCUGAUGCCCUGCCUGACUCUCCCAGGCCUGCUGCUGGUGGCGAGGUGUCCGUCACCGAGCCGGCUUCUGCCCUGAAUGGCAGCAACAACUCCCCUGAGGCAGAGGUGCCCAGCAGGGAGGAUGAGGACACGGUUGACGCCACCUCGGGCGUCUUCACCAACACAUCCAGCGAUGGCCCACAGGCCGAGAGGCCGGAUGCAGUGCCAGCCUUCCGUUCUUUGCAGAAGCAGGUGGGGACCCCUGACUCCCUGGACUCUCUGGACAUCCCGUCCUCAGCCAGUGACGGUGGCUAUGAGGUCUUCAGCCCAUCAGCCACCGGCCCCCCUGGAGGGCAGCCCCGAGCGCUGGACAGUGGGUAUGACACGGAGAACUACGAGUCCCCCGAGUUUGUGUUCAAGGAGGCGCAGGAUCCUUGUGAGCCCCAGGCCUUUGGGGAGCUGGCCUCGGAGAGCGAGGGCCCUGGGCCCGAGACGCGGCUCUCUGCCUCCCUCAGUGGCCUCAGCGAGAAGAACCCCUACCGAGACUCGGCGUACUUCUCAGACCUAGAGGCCGAGGCCGAGGCCACCUCCAGCCCAGAGGAUAAGUGCAGUGGGGACCAAGCUCCCGAGCCAGACCUGGGCCUGCCAAGUGCUGGGCAGCCGUCUAUGCAGGCCUCCCUUGGGCUUGGGGUUCCCAGGGAGGCACAGGGCUCUGGCCCCGGGGAGGCACUGCCCUCACCACUGCGGCUGGAAGGGUCCUUCCCAGAGCCCAGCACCUGCACCUCCGGCCUGGGCCCAGAGCCUCUGGAGCCCCAAGACCCAGCUGACGUACCGCCUGGGGCCAGCCCCAGCGGCUCCCAGUUUUUCCUGCUGACCCCAGUUCUACUGAGCUCCGAAGGCGACAGCUCUCAGCUCCAGGGGGCCCCAGGACUGUUGUCAGGGCCAGCCCCGCAGAAGCGGAUGGGGGGCCCAAGCACCCCCAGAGCCCCCCUCCGCCUGGCUCUGCCCACCCUCCCUGUGGCCUUGGAGGGCCGGCCGGAGGAGGAAGAGGAGGACAGUGAGGACAGCGACGAGUCUGAUGAGGAGCUCCGCUGCUACAGCGUCCAGGAGCCCAGUGAGGACAGUGAGGAGGAGGCACCUGCGGUGCCCGUCGUGGUGGCCGAGAGCCAGAGCGCGCGCAACCUGCGCAGCCUGCUCAAGAUGCCCAGCCUGCUGUCCGAGGAUUUCUGCGAGGACCUGGAUCGCAAGAAGAAGGCCGUGUCCUUCUUCGACGACGUCACCGUCUACCUCUUCGACCAGGAAAGCCCCACCCGGGAGCUCGGGGAGCCCUUCCCAGGCGCUAAGGAGUCGUCCCCUACAUUCCUUAUGGGCAGCCUCGGCUCUCCCAGUGCCACUGGCCCGCAGCAACAGGCUGAUGACAGCUCCCCCCAGGGCUCCGCGGCUGGAGAGGGUGGUGGGUUCACGUGGGACGACGACUUCCCGCUGAUGUCAGCCAAGGCAGCCUUUGCCACGACCCUGGACCCGGCCGCGCCCUCCCCGGCCACGCUCGCGCCCUUCUCGCGCUUCACGGUGUCGCCAGCGCCUGCGUCCCGCUUCUCCAUAACGCACGUGUCCGACUCAGAUGCCGAGUCCGUGAAAGCAGGACCCUGGGUGCCUGUACCUGGCUCUCCUGCCUGACCCUACCCCCCAGAUCUGCUGCAGCCCCUUCCACCAGAAUCUUCCCAGCCAGAAGCCCCAGCAGACCCAAACCAUCCCCGACCCAGCAGGUGGGAUCCUGUUGGAGGCCUGAGCCACCGCUCCUGGCCACACCCCUCCACUGUCUGCUUCAGCCCCAGGAUGGGUCAUCUCUAUCAGGUGUCCCUACGGGGGUAGCCCCCGCCCCACAUGCCUGAUGCCUGACAUUCUCACCCCCUCGGAGAAGCCCCGGCCAUCUUCCACCCCUCCCAGCCCACCUUUCCCUAGCUAUCCUGCCCUGUGGCUGCAGCCUUAGGGGACAGGUGGAACUAUCAGCCUCACCCCUGGUGCGGGGUGGCCGAACAAGCAGGCAGGUCAUCAGGAGGCCAUUGCAUGAUCUUGACCAUCCCCUUCCUGUUCGGGCCUCAGUAAAAGAGAACUUGGAGGCAUCUGCUGAGCGUUGUUGGCCUGGGUACAACGAUGCAGGAGUAGGAGAAAUGGGUCCACCUCCCACCUAGGCGCAGCCAGAUCUGCUGCAGGGAAGGGGGCCUGGCCGGCCUGUAUGUGGGCCAGGGCUGGAGGCCAGGUGGGAGCCAUGGGGUCUCAGGACGCUGUUGUCCUCCUUGCCAGGCCCUGCAACAGGUGCCGUGGGCGAGAGUAAAGAGGCUUGAGACGUGGGAAGCUCCCGCCCCUCGAGGCUGGCAUCACCGGAGCCCCUGCCAGGCAGCAGCAAAGAUGGUGACCAGGAAGGUGUGGACCAUGUCCUGGUGGCAGCACAUUCGGGUGCCUCUGCCCCAUGCGUUGUCCUGGAGAAGCUGGUGAGCUGAGAGGCCCUGGGCCCUCGACAGAUUGACCAUGCUUCACCCUGAGGACAGAAUUCGCCGGCAUUUGGGUUUGCUGCUAGCCCCUGGGGGUGCCUGGAGCCACAGUGGGUGUCUAUACACAUUCUCUCAAGAGGGGCCAGUGCCCCUGGGUGGCCCCCACCCUGUCUGCUGAUGCAGCCACCUGGCCUUGGGUGGCUCCUCCAGUGUGCUCACAGGAUGAGGCAUGGGCAGGCUUGAGCCUCUUCUCCCCCACAAGCCUCUACUCUUGCCUGGUUCCUGGUGGCUCAGGGCAAGGAGUGGCCCUGGAUGGACCCCUGUAUCAGUCCUGUUUCCGCUGCCCAUAUCUCAAAAUUCAUGGCUGUCUUCCCUUCACUGACUCAGCUAGGCCUAUGAGCCACCCUAUCCCCAAGGAAUGGGCUGCUCCUGCCUGGGCCCUGCUGUGGUCACGGGGCGGGGGGGGGGGGGCAGCAAAAAGAUCAGGGGUGCAGGGGCCUUCGGGCUGCACUCCUGCCUUGCAGGCCCCGUUCUAGAGGUGCCAUUGGCAGGAUGGUGCGAGCAGCUCUCCUCUGCAGGGCACUGCCCGGUCUUGUGCCCCAGCUGCCAAAGGAGAGUGGGGCCGUACCUGUGGGGACUCCUGCCUGCAGGGAGAGGGCUGGUGGGGAGGGCUGUGAGCUGGGUUGAGCAGAACAGGGAGUAUUUUUGUAACUGCUGUGGUUGGAGCGAGUGGAAAUGGGGUGAUUUAAAGUUACUGUUGCCAAAGAGAUGUCAGGUUUUUGCUGCUUUGCAGGGGACUUGUUUUCAUGUUUUGUUUGAGGCUUAGGAUGUUGGUGCAAUGUUCUCUUGUUCCUUUUUUGUUUUUUAAGAGAAAUGAAGCUAAGAAAAAAAAAGCCUUUGUGUGUUUUCUUCUGAGGUCUGCAGAUAAAGUCCUGAACAGGUGGGGCUGUGCUGUGGCUGGGGUAGGAACCCGCCCCUCCCCCCACCAUCCUGGGCAGCCCUGCUGGAGGGGACGGUGUUCUGGCACUACCAUGCCCAGGCACCGGGGAUGCAGACCCUGCGGGUCUCCCUUGCUGCCUACAAAACUGGCCUGGUAGGGACAGGCGAAGAGAGGGGAGCCACAAGCCUCUCGGGAUGGCUUCCUCCCUGCCCUUCGAUGCCUGUCCCUGGGCCCAGAGUGGAAGUCGGACCCCGAAGCUUCCUGUCCGAGGGAUGAGUGGCUGCAGGCGGGCUGGGGGCUCCAGAGCCCCUUUUCAGAGGGUCUGUGAGGAGCAAGCUCUGCUUGGGACUGAUCCCCAGGUAAGAGUUACUGUUACCAGCGCAGCUCACCACACUGUAUUUCACCUGACAGUGUUGAAGAGCACAGACCUGAUAAUGAAAUUUUAAAAUCCCCAAUUCCAACAGAGCUCCCCAGUGCCUGCAGGAGUCCUGGGGCAGAGCUCGGGAGUGAGCAAGCUCCCACCUGCCAGCAAGCACCUGACAGACACCCCACCUUUGGCCACAGGAGAGCACUGGAAGGCCCUGGCCAGCCAGGCUCUGGAUGGGAGGUCAGGCAGGGAGGAGACUGGGGCCUGCCCAGAGGCAGAAGGGGCCCGGGGAGGCCCCCUAAUGCUGCCGUUGGGAGUGAGAGACCCAGGAGCGCCCCACCGAGGGGCAUGGGGAGG